AUGGCAGCGCACACAGUCUUUCAUUCCGAUAGUCGUGUAUCAAACAUUCCCACAAAGCAAAAACGCUUGGCGCAUAUGUUUCUUAGUCCAUUUAGGCGUUUCAAUCACAAUGGCAAGAAACGUUCGGACAAACAUUUAUCUUCUGCUGAACUGUUAGAUAGUUGCACGGUUAAUUUAAACACAAAUGGUGGUCUCGACGUUCUCCCAGUUGCUGCAUGUCCCAAUUCAGUUCGAAACAACUCCCUCCUAGUUGAUGAAGGCAACUACCGACCAGAAAAAUGCUCUACUCCAAUAGUUCAUCUUGAAUCACGUGUUAAUCUUGGUUAUUCUACUUCUGUAACUCAAUCCCACUUCACCGAAGCCAGUAAUCCUAUGAGUGAAUUAAAUACUUAUGUCCGAGGGCAGACUACUGAGUUGGCUUCCAGUAUCAACCAACGCUUAAUGACUCAAUCUUCGCAACCUCUUAAAAAGUUAAAUAGAAUAAAGAAAUAUAUAACAAGUCACCAAGUAACUUAUCCUCAAUUGACACCGGUUAGCCGGAAUGCUUUAACUCGCGUUUCUGAAAUAUCUAACCAAACAACCAUCGAUAAAUCCAAAAGAAACGCAGUUUGUUACAAUAAGAGAAAUGUAAAGAUUUCGUCCACAGCUUGCAAUAUGAUGGUUGUGCCCAUAUCUAAAUCAGAUUUGUAUUUGGUAGGACGUCUUGUGAACGGUGAGACAUAUUCUAUGUCUGUAUUUUCAUCAGAUUCUACUGACAAUCUCCAUUGUGACUCACCACCGUCGGAUCCUUACGUUUCCUCCAAUAACAUGAAACCUUCUCCAAACUCAAUGUUGUGUAUUUACAGAUCUCCUAGCAAAAGCUCAAAAAACGCACAAUCCUUCAUGCAUUCUUUUCAAAAGGAUGAUAAAUUCCCAAAACCUUCUGAAAAUUCUACCACUGAAACUUGCGCGAGUCUGAUUGAUUGUAAUAAAGUAUCUGAAUGUGAAACUGAUGGUAUUUGUUCUUCGGAUUCGGCUAAAACUAUUACAUUCAAUCCUUCACCAAUCUUGUCAACUUCAAAAAUUACUCAUUUAUCAUCAUCGUCAUCACCAAGUCCAACUAACGAUACGAAAGCGGCUGAGACCAUACCUACUAUUAGUCAGACAUUGAAACACUCACAUUUAUCUAACCGUGCUUAUCCUUUUGGCAAAGAUUGUCGUUUUGUUUUUUACAAUUCUGCUGAUAGUGAUGAAGAAGAUAUUUACAAUUUAUCCGCACCUAGCCAAACUCUCACUUCACUUAUCAAGGCUCGUCAAGCACAUAAAGAUAUGUGGACAAAACGAGCUGAUCGCAUCAAUCGCUUUUUAGCUUGUAGACCUUGUCGUGAAGAUUUGAUAUCUAAAAAUAUAAUUCCCAGUACCACUUUAGAAGCACGUGCUGAACUGCGGAUUGAUAUUGAAGCGUCACUUGAGCGUCGACUUAAUCAACGUCCUACAACUGAUGAAUUGAAACAGAAAAAUAUCCUUCAUGUGGACACCGAAGAGGUGCGUAAUAAGAUUAAAGAAGAACGAAAGCAAAUUUUAACUCGCAAGCUGUCAUUUCGACCAACUGUUGAAGAGCUGCGUCGGCGUAAGAUUAUUCGUUUUAAUGAUUAUGUUGAAGUUAGCGAAGCAGAUGCCUAUGAUCGUCGAGCUGAUAAACCAUGGACUCGUCUAACUCUACGUGAUAAAGCUGAUAUUAGAAAAGAAUUAAACGAAUUCAAAGCAACUGAAAUGGAUGUUCACGCUGAGAGUCGACAUCACACUCGAUAUCACAAACCUUAG